GUCAGGCAUCCGCACCAGAUCACGUGUGGUAACGCCGUGCUCAACAUCAACCGCAAUCGCUAGCCAGAUUAGAUCAGAGAAUUCCGAUAUAUUGGUUAUCGCCAAAUACACUCUUCCGAUCUCCUCGACUCUGUCUUUUGGUUUCUCUGGGUGUGAACGAAAUACAUUACAAGGUGUUACUGGUAGAAGCGUUGUCAAACACUGAAUACCUGUGACAUCAUCAAUCUUCAACAGUUUCACUCGUUCUCUUUUAUAGUACGGAAACAUAGUAUUUCCCCCUCAUUCCGAAAAGACAAGAACACUCUGGAGCGUUUCCAACGGCGAGCCACGAAUGCAGUUCGGGGACUCAAAUUCAAGCCUUAUAAAGAGCACUUAACAGUUUCUCAUUAGAGAGCAGGCAUCUUAAAAAUGAUCUUCUGAUGGCUUACGGCAUACUAAAUACUUAGGCUGAGUCCUAACACAAACCUUUAGGGGUAAAACCCAGAAACUUGGGACAUAACACAGCAGAAAGGACAGUAGACACAACUUCCACUCCUUAAGAGUAGUCAAGUGCUGAAAUUCACAACUGGAUGUGUUAGUCCGAACGACUUCCCAGGAGUCCUUUAAGAAGAAACUUGACAUAUUUUUAAGGAUUAAGUAUAGUAUCUUAUUAUGGCUUAACAAAUUUUUUCUUUUUCCUUUUUUAUCUAUAAUAUAAAGAAGUACUUGUCUGGAGGUAUUGGCGAUCCACUAUAACUAGAUACGAAGUUCGUAAAGCGAAACUUUCUUCUAUUCCAUACAAAACCAUUUGAAUUACUUGAAAAUAUUGAAACUAAAACUCAUGUAUUGAAGCCGCAAUGCACAAAUCAGGUACCUACUUGUGGAUGUGUCCGACUCUGUGAGAGUAUUUUCGUGGGGUGUUUCUCAACUCAGUAGCAUCUGCCACACUGUUUUGGCAGUUUCUGUCGAGGUGAGAAAGUCCAUCUAUCAGUACAGUUAUCCGCGCGAUUUUGAACAAAGUAUGUGUAAUCGGAUGAUAGUGGUUGUUGAUUGAACUGCUCAUUCAGUUGAUAGCGGACACGUGUAACGAGUGGAAGCUAAUGAAGUAAGUGAUUUUAAUUUUAGUUCUGUUUUGUGUUUAACUAAAUUUUAUGGUGUAGAUAAUUGUGAACUUGAGACAGGUAGUCGCAAUUUGGACACCAAUGAUUCCCUGAAUAAUGAUGACUCUGUAGAUAAAUGCUGAUUUCAGAUAAGAGGAGAAAGCGAGAAUGAGAAUUUUGAACAAUUGAGAGGAUCUGACAAUUACAAUGAACUAAGAGCACAUUAUAGACACGUGGACAGAUAAACAGUCUGUGUCAGUUGUUGCAAUGGAACAAUAUAAAUACUGUACAGUUAAAUGUUUUGUGUUGUCCUUUAAUCUGUCAUAAUUAUCCAAUACAGUUUUGUUGUGACCAAUUAGAAUUGUCAGAAUGGGUUUCGUGUAGAAUUUUAAAAAUUUUCACAGGUUGAAAUCAUGAGUCAGUUGAAGCUAGACCACCAUUGAAAACCUGGAAGCACUGGACGGCCGUUUCCUCCUGGUAUGCGACUCCUCAGCAGUGCGCAUCCACGAUCCCGCACCACGCGGGGCUCGAACCCAGAACAAAUGUGAAUGUAAAGGUAAGAAAUUAUCGAUUCUCAGUGAUGAAAGUAAAUUUAUGCCUGAUGGUGAAUUUGCAGGUAUUAGCAAAGUAGAGGGAAGAAUAAAUCCAAACAUAGUGAAGCAGCUACACAUGAAUAUUAUUGGUAGGGAGGAAUUUAAUUUCCUGGAACCUAUUGGUUCUGAGUAUGGUCAUUUACAUGGAUUACAUAAAAUGCACAAACCAAACAUUUGUUUACGCCCAAUUUUAUCAGUGCGUCGAUCACCUACACAUAACCGAGCUAAAUUACUGGAUCCUGUUGGAACACGUUUAUAUAAGUAUUCUGUGAACGAUUCUUUUGACUUGGUCGAUCAUUUAUGUGAUAUUAAUAUCAAGAGAAAGACAAUGUGUUCAUUUGAAGUGAAUUCCCUGUUCACAAAUAUACCUCUGAAAACGACUAUUGAUAUAUUAUGUGACCACACUUCUUUGAACAGCCUUGAAAAAAUUACCUGUUCCUUUAAAAAUUCUUAAAGAUUUAGCACUAUUAUGUACUGACAACGUCCAGUUCAUAUUUGAAGGUGAAUAGUUUUGCCAGAUCGACUGGUUGCUAUGGUUGGUCCAUUAGACCAUUAAUAGCAGACGUGUUCAUAACACAUGUUGCAAAUCUAGCUGAAGACCUAGUCGUCAACAUGUCUGUUUAUAAGAGAUAUGAAGAUGACACCUUAGUUAUCUGUGAAAGAAAGGACGAAAUGAAUUGUCUAUUGAGUAGACUUAUUACUCUGCGAAAUCACAUCAGCCUUUGAUGUGAAGAGGAGAAGAAUGACCGGCUUCUCUUCUUAGAUAUGUUAACAAGUAGACGAGAAGAUGGUUCAAGCAGACGAUCCAUCUUUCGAAAACCAACCUUGACGGGCCAAUGCCUUAGUCACAAUAGUUACUGCCCAGUGCAAUACAAAUGAGGUUCGAUGAGCGGUCUGUUUAAUAGGAUUAAUCGUGUUUGCACAAACGGCGCUAUCGAUGACGACGUUAGGUUGUUAAACAAAACAUUAGUGGAAACUGACUAUCCCUUAAAAUUCAUAAAUAGAUGGAAAGGUCACGGUAUACUAAGGCCUACUAUAACCUUGGCAGAAAGGAACCUGUCUACAUCAUUUUUCGGUUUGGAGGUGAUUCAAAUAGCUUUUUACUGAAACAAAGGCUUAAAUAAGUUGUUAACAGGACGUAUUACGCAGCAAAGGUCUUUAUGAAAGAGAAAACAAUGUCCAUGUCUCAGCGAAAAUGUAAAACACACGGAAAUGAUUGCGUCACAUGCCACUGUGUUUAUCGAUUUGAAUGUGUGUGUGGCCACAUAUACAUGUGGAGGAGUAAUCGUGAUCUCCAAAUUAGGGUGUGCGAACAUGUACCUAAGUGGUUGCAAAAACCAAUAAAAUCAAGUGGUCCAAUAAGAGUAGAUGGUGAACAUCCAUUCAUGGAGGAAAUUCACUGAGUAAGUUAAUAUUCGUAAUAAUAAUAAUACUAAUAACAAUACCACAACUGCUGCUAUGAGAACUAAUGCUAUUUCAAAAACUACUACUAACAAUACUACUCCGACUACUACUACCACCACCAAUACUACUAAUAAUACUACGACGACUAAUACCAAUACUACUACGGGUGAUCUUAUCCACAACGCAAUCAUAUAAACUUAAUGUAUCGCACAGGGUCAUCUGUGCGUUCAAAUUAUGUAGUUAAUUUUGCUCUGUUUCUAAUUUUUAUUCGCCACGUCUGACUGCGUUACACUACGUCCAUUGCACGCUGGGAUGAUAUCUCUAGUCAUAGUAAGUUAAUUCACAUAGUUGAUUGUUUCCAAAUAGACUGUCAGUGCAUGAUUUUACUGAAGAAAGGUUUGUUGUGCUGUAAACUGUUUCUAUGAACAAAUCCCUGUUGUCUUCAGUAUGAAAGCAGUUAAUAUGUAUCCUUCUUUUUUUCUUAGGUAAGUUCAACUGGCCUAUAUUUCGUGUUUUGGUUUUAUCGGCUUAAUUAUGUCCAUUUAACUACUUUGAGGAACAUGUCUUUGCAAGUGAAACAAUAACUAUGACACUUGCUUAGUUUAGUGUUCUUGGUUGUCGUAUAAUUCAGUUUAGUUGAAAGAAUUAUGAUAUACUUAAGUAUAGUGCUUGAAGCCUGUAACGAAACAGAUCAGUUUAGUAAGUAGAGUUGCCUGUUUCUAAUGUGUAUACGGAUUCAGAUCAUUCUGAUUAAAAAUAGGAAAGAACGUGCCUUUGAUGCUGUUGCUGUCAUGCAUUAUAAGAUAGCGAUAAGUAUGUUUGGUGUUUAUUUCUAAAAUGUACAUCUAUCACUGACCAUAUUUCAUGAUCACUGUCAUUAAACAAUUUCCCCAGCAAUAACAUCGGUAACAAGAUAGCUAAGUGUCUGAGCUUUUAGUUGCCCGCAAAACAGCAGUAUACAGUCUUAGAAGAUGAGUGUUCUGUGUCUCAAUUAAAUGCAGCUGGCUGUGGACAAAUGUUAAGAAUCUUUUUGACAACUGAGACUUUUAGUUUAUCAUACACUUACUCUGCUUGUAUGUUUUCCUGUUAAACUAGACUCAGAUGCAUGGGAAUACUUAAAUGGGAGCAAAUUAAUAAAAGCAUUGCAAUACGGUACUAAGCCCAUGUUAUGCUUUGCGCAAGUAAUAGUAGCUGACCUUAUCUAAUAUUCAUGAACUCAAGGUAAAUCACAACUGCAUAAAUUCUUUGCUAAAAAACGUGUGAUUUGGUUAUUUGUCUAUUCCACAUUUCUGACUAAAUUCAUCACUAUUUUUUUUCAUUUAGAAUUCAACAGGAGUGAGCCUUCACAGACCCUAGAAACUGUUUCGCCCUUGGAUCUAUGGCCCUAUGGAACUGUAUACGGGAGACCCAACGAACGGCAGAUUAUAAAAAGGAUGAUGGACGUCCAUUUUAGUCUCACAACCACUUCCAGUAUUUUUUUUUUGACUUUUUUUACUCUUUCGUUUGGGAAAAAAUAACAAAAACUGCAGAUUAACAUUACCAAUACAACUUUUAAACGGGAACUUGGUUUAAAUCUUUGUUUGAUAUUCGAUUCUUAAUGAAAGUUCUCG